AUCAAUAUUCUAUGUUUGUUAUUACAUGAGAUAGUUUUCUAGAAAAAUCCAUAAGUCUAAAACUGGUUAAGACUUAAGAGAUAAUUAUCUUUGAAAAAAAUCUUGUUAAAAAAAAGAAAAAGAAAAAAAUCCAGAGGGCGUAAUUGACUGGGCAUGUGCACUGCAACGUGACCGGACUUCAAAUCUGAAUUCAAACCAAUUUAUAAUGCUUUUAAAUUUAGAAAGCGACAUCUGGAAGUUUUCAAAAUAAAUAUACUACUAUUUUCUAAAAAAAAUAAAACAAAAAAACAAAAAAAUAAAAAAUAAAAAAAUAAAAAAAGGCAAGGGAUCCGUGAUUCCAAAGGAUUCGCUCUCGCCACGCGCUUCAGUAUCCGUCACAUCUCACGCGUUCCUUCUUUCUCUCUCUAUCUCUCUCUUCUCUCUCCCCUACUAUAUAAUCUCGUGUUCCCUUCUUCCCAUUCUGCACCUCUAUCCCCCACUAUUUUCGAUUUUGCCACUGAUUCAAAAAACAAACAAAAAAAACGUAAUUGCUAAAAGCUAUGGAGGAGGAGAAGAAGUUGUUGGCUAUAACUCGGACGGACUCAGCCGAGAAAAAGCGAGUUAGAGACGAGUUAUCCGACGAAGCGGUUCUUGACUCGCCGGAGGUGAAGAGGUUGAGAGAUGAUUUAUUCGAUGUUCUCGAUGACUCUGAUCCUGAACCAGUGAGUCAAGAUCUCGACUCGGUUAUGAAAAGUUUCCAAGACGAGUUAUCAACGGUCACCACCACGACGGGGCAAGGCUCUUCCGCCGGCGAAACUCAGCCUUAUCUCGGUUAUCUUCUCGAAGCUUCCGAUGACGAGCUUGGUUUACCUCCGCCUCCAUCGAUUUCUCCGGUUCCCGUUGCGAAGGAGGAGGAAACGACGGAGACGUUAACGGAUUUGGUACGAGCGUCGUCUGAUUCGUCAGGAAUCGACGAGAUUUGGGGAUUUGAAAAUCACGUGACGAAUUACGGUGAUUUGGAUUUUGGUUCCGGCGUCGGAGACGGUGGAGAUUACGUGGCUGUUGAGGGGUUGUUUGAAUUUUCCGACGAUUGUUUUGAUUCCGGCGAUCUGUUUUCGUGGCGGUCGGAGUCGUUACCGGCGGAAUAAAAAUAACAAACUCUUUUUUUAAUUAGGUGGGAAAUGAAAACGAUACCGUUUUGUAAAGCGUUUGGCUCUCCCUGGCGUUUUUUUUUUUUUUAAUAGAUGGUUAAAUGUCUAUUAAUUAAAAUUAUCAGGAUUUAGGAAAAGUUAAAUAUUUUGUUAGUUGGUGUAAUUUGCUAGAUUAGUAGUAUAAGCGAAUUCGCUUGUUUUUUUCUUCCAAGAACUUUUUUUGCAUAGCUUUUGUUAAUGUGAAAUUUAAGUAUCUCUCUGUCAACUUUUAUUUUUUAUGUUCCAA